AGCGACUAACUGCUGCUGCUGGAGAAAUAUUCACCGAGUUUCAACAAACUAUCGUCCAGUUCGAGGAGGAGAUUUAUCGACAGAGAAAACAUCUGGAAAUCAACUGGAAAUCUCAAGUCAGCUUCCACAGAACAGAGAGUCCACAGCAACACAAUGGUAACCAGCAGACGAGCUCCAACCACUCUGUGAGAGACUUGACCACCCAGAGACUAACUGCUGCUGCUGAGGAAAUAUUCACCCUGUUUCAACCAACUGUGGUUCAGUACGAGGAGGAGAUUGGUCGUCAACGCAGGAUGCUGGAAAUCAACUGGAAUCCUCAAAUGGAGUCACACAGAACAGAGCUCCAACAGGACCAUGACUGCAGAGAGGAGCAGCUCUUUGAACAGGAAACAAACUACUGUCUAGAACAGGACGAACCAGAACCUCCACAGAUAAAAGAAGAAGUAACAGAACCUCCGCACAUCAAAGAAGAAGACGAAGAAUUAGAACUUUCACAGAUCAAACAAGAAGAACCAGAACCUCCACAGAUUAAAGAAGAAGAAGAAGAACCAGGACUUUAUCAGUUUAAGGAGGAGCAGGAGGAACCAGAAUCUUCACAGAUUGAGGAACACGAGGAACUCAGUACCAGCCAGAAGGGAGAACGAUUUAUUCUGAAGUUUGAAAUUGAAACCUUUCAGGUUCCUUCUGUUGAGGAUCAGAGUGACCUGAGCGAAGCAGAAGUUUCAGUGAAGCAGUUUCAUAGAAACAGUGUGAACAACUUUCAUGUUUCAGAGAAGCAGGCUGAAUGUGAAAAGCUUGUUUUUGAAGAAAUGUAUGAGAAAACUGACCUUGAAAAACAUCAAUUAUGUCAGAAGAUCAGAAUGGUCACUGAUAGGAAGAUACUUUGUGAAACAUGUGGCAAAAGUUUCAGUCGACCGAGUCAUUUGUUGGUUCACAAGAGAAGCCACACAGGUGAGAAGCCAUAUUCUUGUGAAACAUGUGGGAAAAGUUUCAGUCGACAGAAUUCUUUAAAGGUUCACAUGAGAAGUCACACAGGUGAGAAGCUUCAUUCUUGUGAAACAUGUGGAAAAAGUUUCGGUCGACGGAGUGAUCUGUUGCGACACAUGAAACUUCACACAGGUGAGAAGCCUCAUUCUUGUGAAACCUGUGGCAAAAGAUUCAGUGAACAGAGUUAUUUGUUGCGACACAUGAAAAUUCACACAGGUGAGAUGUCUCGUUCUUGUGAAACAUGCGGCAAAAGUUUCAGUCGGCAGAGUUCUUUGUUGCGACACAUGAGAAGUCACACAGGUGAGAAGCCUCAUUCUUGUGAAACAUGUGGCAAAAGUUUCAGUCAACACAGUGAUGUGUUGCGACACAUGAGCAGUCACACAGGCGAGAAGCCUCAUUCUUGUGAAACAUGUGGCAAAAGUUUCAGUCAACAGAGUCAUUUGUUGACCCACAAGAGAACUCACACAGGUGAGAAGCCUCAUUUUUAUGAAACAUGUGGCAAAAGUUUUAGUGAACAGAGUCAUUCAUUGCGACACAUGAAAAUUCACACAGGUGAGAAGCCUCAUUCUUGUGAAACAUGUGGCAAAAGUUUCAGUCGACAGAGUUCUUUGUUGCGACACAUGAGCAGUCACACAGGUGAGAAGCCUUAUUCUUGUGAAACGUGGCAACAGUUUCAGUCGACAGAGUCAUUUGUUGCGACACAUGAGCAGUCACACAGGUGAGAAGCCUCAUUCUUGUGGAACAUGUGGCAAAUUUUUCAGUCGACAGACUCAUUUGUUGCGACACAUGAGCAGUUACACAGGUGAGAAGCCUCAUUUUUGUGAAACGUGGCAAAAGUUUCAGUCGACAGAGUCAUUUGCU